AUGGGCGCAAUCAAGACCAACGGACACGAGGCAGCGGGGGCAAAGCCCAUCAGCGCUGGCGCCAAUACUAAUUGCACGCUACCAGCAUCCUGGUAUUCCACACGAGGGAUCUAUGAACUCGAACGUCGAGCCAUCUUCGCCAGGCGAUGGAUGCUUAUCACUCAUGAAUUACGCUUCCAAAGACCAGGAGCGUACGCCAAGUUCACGGUGGCAGGCUUCCCAUUUUUCAUCGUCCGCGACCGGCAAGGGCAACUGAAUGCAUUUUUGAACAUCUGCCGCCAUCGAGCUUUUCCGGUUGUCCUCCAAGACGAGGGAACUGCCAGUAUUCUCGCCUGUAAAUAUCAUGGUAAGCACAGUCCCCUCAUCUCGGUGCAAUGCAAAGUAACACAUGAAGGCUGGUCGUACGGCUUGAGUGGUAAUCUUGCCAAAGCACCUAAGUUCGACAGCGUUGAGGGGUUUGACAAGGCGCAACAUGGCCUCUAUCGAGUUCAUCUCAAAAUUGACGCAAGGGGGCAGGUCUGGAUCAACCUGGACUCUGCAGAGGUACCCGAAGUUAGCUGGGACGAGUCAUUCCACGAGGUGGACCAACAGCAAAGGCUGCGGUCAUUUGACAUGAAGAAUUAUCGUUACGAUCACAGUUGGCAAAUGGAUGGCGACUACAACUGGAAAACGUUGAUCGACAAUUACAACGAGUGCUAUCAUUGCGGAGUAGCUCACCCUGGUGUAGCGAAGACCAUCAACUUGGACAGCUACGAUGUGAAGACAAACAGAGGUUUCAUCGAGCACUACGCUCAGAGCAAAGGCAAUGUGGAUGAUGUUAGCGACAACGUAGUACCUACCUUCCACUUUCCCAACUCCGCUGUGACAAUGACAGAACAUUAUUUUUACCUCAUGAGAGUCGUCCCUGUCUCAGAGCAUCGGGUUUCGAUGGAGUACGAGGUAUAUCGCAACAUCCACAGCAGUGAUGAAGAUUUCCAAGAGCUAGAUCGGUUUUUCAAAGAGGUUGAAGGCGAAGACAAGUAUCUUUGCAACAACGCUCAAAAGAAUCUCAAUGCUGGAGCCUAUGUGUCAGGACCGCUGCACCCGCACAAUGAGAAGGGUGUAAUAUUCUUUAAAUCGUUGGUCAAGGAUGCGUUACUCAAGCAUCGGGAGAAGGAAAACUCAUUAGGACGAGAGAUUACUCCGGCGAAACGCAACCCCAACAGUACAAAUAUUGAAGAGGAGGAGUCGUUCUGCAGGAGUGUUUGCACGACCGAAAUCGUCUGGUAA